AUGAUUGUCGAAAGCCGAAACUCACGCGACUCGUAUUACUCAUCGAUACUCGAUGACUACGGUUACAAUUCAAGUUCUUCACACGUCGAAAGUGCUACAAAUUUAGUUCCAACGCGGUUCAGCAGCACAAAAGACGCUCACAAACGUCGUCCUUCAUUAAACAUCGCUAAAGUCCGUGACAGUAUCAGUAGUCUAAAACGUCAACCUUCUUAUGAUUUUCCGUCUCCAUCAACGUCAUAUUUUUCCGCGACUAUUUCUCCUCGUGUCGCUAGUCCUCUUGUUAAUAGUUUUAAUUAUAAUAGAGAUUCAAUUGCACAAAAUCUCCCUACUACACCCUCCAAUCCUCCUUCCUAUAUAUUUUCGCAUUAUCAUCAUAGUAGCGAGGAUAGAAGAUAUAGUCUCGGGGCUAGUUCUACUGAAAGUUAUUAUAGUCGACGCAUGCGCAAGGAUUCGAAAAGCACGAAUGAAAUUGGAUUGCAAAACUUAGUGAUUCCUCCUGGUCAUCGAAUAGGCGAUACUCAACAUUUGUCUUCGCCAUCGGGAAGUAGUACAAACGAAGAUAACGGAAUAUAUGACUAUAUUUAUCAAGAGAUGAAUAAAUCAUCUUCUGCCAGUAGCUACGAAGAGGAUAUUUUGAAUUAUUCACAUUCUCUAGGUGGAAAAGGAGCUAUCACUGCACAAAAUUCUUCGUUAACCGCACGAAAAACUAUUCGAAUGAAUCAUAAAAACAACAUGAAUAAUGAUGGACAUCAAGCACCGAUUGAUCCCGAUAGGGAUCAAUAUGGAUUUAAACGAUCUUAUCAAUGGAUCUCACAGAAGGAAUAUGCUGAUUUUGAAUCAAUUUAUUCACGAAUUCAACAACGUCGCAAAGUUAAAUGGGAUGCGUUGUUGACAGAAAAUGGUGGAAAUUUACCUGGAAAAAGCUCUAAAAUCAAGCGUUAUAUCCGUAAAGGAAUUCCACCAUCAUUACGAGGACGUGUAUGGUUUCAUUAUAGUGGAGCCGCGGAGAAGAUGCGAAAUCAACCGGAUCUAUACGAGAAACUUUUACAAAAAGCAGCGGAAGCUCGGACAGAGAACGAAUAUGUAGAAAUAAUCGAGAGAGAUCUUCACCGGACAUUCCCAGAAAACAUCAAAUUCAAAUCUUCGGUAUCCUCCGAUGACGGCUCAUCGCCCACAAUAGACACAGAAAAUGUUCCAAUAAUUCAAUCCUUAAGACGUGUGCUUGUCGCGUUCUCACUUUACUCACCAAAUAUAGGUUACUGUCAAUCACUAAACUAUAUUGCCGGAUUAUUGUUACUUUUCAUGGAAGAGAAACAAGCAUUCUGGACAUUAGUCGCCAUCAUCCACGAUUAUCUCCCCGAGAACAUGUACGAUAUGACAAUGGAGGGUGCUAACGUGGAUCAGGCGGUGCUUAUGAAAUUCAUUAUCGAUAAAAUGCCACAUAUGUGGGGUAAAUUAAGUGCUGGGAUCGGAUGGGAUCCAGAAAAAGUGGACAGCAGUAUGCCGACCAUUACUCUUGUUACGAGUCAUUGGUUUUUGACAUUAUAUAUUAAUAUAUUACCGAUUGAAACGAUGCUUAGAGUUUGGGAUUGCUUUUUUUAUGAGCGUCAUAAAGUAUUGUUUCGUGUUGCUUUGGCGAUUUUUAAAAUUAAUGAGGAGAAAAUUUUGGCUGUAGAUGAUCCUAUGGAAGUAUUUCAAGUAGUGCAGAACAUGCCGAAACGAUUAAUUGAUUGUCAUAAAUUAAUGGAGGUGUGUUUCCGGCGGCGCAAAGUGAUGAUAUCAGAUAUUUCACGGAAGGAGAUAGAUCGCCAACGAGAUUAUUUUCGUGAACGUCGGAAACAACGUUUGGGAAGCAUGUUAAAUAAAUGA